AACGCGCACAGUGUGAUUUGCUGUUAUUCCAAAUAUUGUGAUCGACGAAAGUGUGUGGCUAUUUUUGUUUAUUCCGACUAAUUUAGUAAGCAGUGGUGUUUUGAAGUUAAUUUGCAAAUAAUAGACAUUGACUUGAACGUUUUUAUGUGUCGACUGUCGCUGUACAGCCUGUGCGGCAUUGUCAAUAUAUUUGAUAAUUUAGUUAUAUUAUAAAUUAGUGUAAGGUAUCGUGGACUUGUUAACAAGUUGACAUAAAUCUCUAAGCGGACGCAGCCAUGGUAAUCCGAACGACCUUUAACAUGCAGACGAAAAUAAGACAAUGAAGAAAGAAAAAUACGGAUCGGGAGAUAACGAGCACAUUCUGUGUAAAAUAUGCGGCGACAAAUCGUCAGGUUUCCACUAUGGCGUGUUCAGCUGUGAAGGUUGCAAGGGGUUCUUCCUGCGCACGGUGCGACAGAAAUUGGAGUACAAGGCGUGCGAGAAACCCCGGGGCUGUCUCAUCAUGCGUAUCAGCCGAAACCGGUGUCAGUACUGUCGCCUGCAGAAGUGUCUCUCCGUCGGCAUGUCGCAUGAGGCCGUCCGCCUCGGCCGCUGCCCAAAGAAAGACCGACCGGCGAAGACCAGCUUCCUGUACAUGCCCGGCCUAUCGAGUCUCGAAAUUGACAGGCAGCUGCGCACCGAGCAGCUUGUGCUCGACGUGCACGCGGCGUACCGGAGGGCCUGCGAGGACUUCGACCACUACGCCGCACUCUUCAGCGAUAAACGGAUCGUAAUCGACGAUAAGGAAGACUGCUGUCACCUGUACUUCCGGUAUCUCCCCGGAACCGUCCGCUUUAUCACCGCCUUCGCCAAGGAGAUUCCGCUCUUCCGGUCGCUCUCGCACAGCGACCAGCGGCUGCUGAUUAAAAGCGGCCUGCUCGAGAUUUCGACCAUCAGUGACUCACCGCACAUGGAGGUCGACGGCCCGGCGCUCUUUAACCCGCGACUCAACAUUUCCGUUCCCCGGGAGCGACUUCCGAAAUUCGGGCUGCUCGGCAUGCUCUUUACAGAUCUCGAGCAAGUCAUAAGACGCUUGCGGAAGCUCCGGCCGACUGACGUGGAGUUGUCGCUUCUCUCUGCCAUUGUUUUGUUUUGUACCGACCGGGAAGGGAUGGCGCCCAACGUCGCCCUGGAGACAGUCGAGACGGACCUCAGCCUUGCGCUCAAGUGUCAGCUGAUACUUAGUCAUGGGGACGGCACGGUAGCCUUCGCCAAGGCGGUCGAGGUGCUCACGGAACUGCGGCGACUUGCGACGCUCUACCUAGACGACAUUCUCAACUCGCAAGUGAUAAUCGAGUCGGGUGACGGCGGCGUCAGAUGAGGGAAGCGGUCGCCAUCUGUCAAUUCUGGCGGGUGGAGAUCUCGUCAGACUACGGCGCCCUCAGCUGAGGGAAGCAAUGAUCGCCGUACGCUCUUAUGGUGAAAUCAAGUCGUGUAACUGCACCGGCAGCUGAAGGAAUAGGCAACACGUGUACGCGUGUGGAAAUCAACUUAAGACAGAGGGCGACGAUGGUUUCAGCGGAGGGAAGACGCCGCUUCCUGUUGCAGCCGCCGUCACCAGAUUGAAUUUCACAUAUCCAUCCAGGUUUUAACCUCUAAAAUUGAACAAAAUAAAUUGCGAUCGACGUUAUACUUUAACACUGGAUGCCAAAACUGGCGUUAAUGCUUAAAGCAAAUGCAUUUAAUUCGUUUGAAACGAAUACUAGUAAUUUGUUUACAAGUUGCACAUAUAUGCAUGCUAUUUCUUAAAUUAUGUCUUUAUUUUUAUGGCAUCGUGUUCUCAUAGUAUAAUUGUUAUAUAUGCAAAUAUGUGGCCUUAAAAAGGCGGUGUUUUGUUGGAGCAUUUAUUCAUAUAAAUUUGUUAAAAUUUUUCAUCUGACUUUGCCAGACGAUUAAUUUGAGCUCUUGUUGAUUUUUAAGUAUCUUAAAUAAAUAAAAUCAAACUGAGUGUACAAUUUUUCAUGUUUUUUAAAACUGGCAAAGUGCUUUCAUUUCAUUACAUAAUUACUGACCAUCUAUCCCAUCUCAUGACAUAAUGACGAGUCAAGUGACCCAUAUAAUGACACAUUAACUAAAUGUCCCAUUUCAUUACACACUGACUUUAUAAGUAUUCCAUU